ACAUAGAGAAAGUAAAGCAUCAUUGCUUCUAUACUUAAAAGGAGAGACUGCCAGAGAAAAAGAGAGAAUUGCAGAAUACUUUAUAAAAUUUUCUGAUAAUGGGGGAUCUCAUUCUAAUCAAGAAAAUUAGUCUCUUCUUCCUUCUCAUAUCUGCAUCCCUUUUUUCAACUUCAUUUGCAGCAGGUCGACAGUCGAGCUUUUUGAACAACUUUGAUCAGGAAGAGCUGAGUGCAACUCAUGAGGAGGAGCAAUUAAGGCAUGAAAGGGUUCUUAAAAUGAACACAAAGGAUUAUGGAAGAUAUGAUCCAUCACCUGCUCUAUCCAAACCUCCUUUCAAACUCAUACCAAAUUAAUCAUCAUGUCAUAUUAUAAUAAGGGUUUGUGGAAACCCUAAUUAGUCUGAGAAUUGAAUAUGAGUUACCCUAAUACUACAUAUGUGUUACGUUACUACUAUAUAUGUUUGCAGUUAUAUAUAGUACUACUUUAAUAUCGAUCGAUAUACUAAUCCUUGUAAACUUUGCUUAUAUUUUUGCAUGAGUACUGGAUAUGUAGUUAUCUUCUUGUCUGUAAUAUAUACUUAAUUAUCCGUGUAAUUAUUAUUAUAUAUAUAAGAAAAUAAAUGAAUUAUGUACUU